AUGGCACGAACAGCAUUACGAGACACUAUUCUCCCCGUGGGCGGCGGAACCACCGGUACAAAUCCCAUCUUCGCAUCCGCCGCAUCUGACGUCGUGACCGAUCUCUACAUUCUGCACAGGAAUAAAGCAGUGUAUGGCGAAAAUGUUGAGGAAUUCGAUCCAGAUCGAUGGAAUCGUAUUACUCCACGACGGUGGGAAUUUAUGGGAUUCAGCGGUGGUGCACGGGGUUUUGGAGGACAGCAGAAGGCUCUUAUGAAAGCUUCGUAUGUUUUGGCGGUGUUGGCCAGGAGGUUUGAAAGGAUUGAGAGUGGAGAUGAAAGGGGUUGGGCCGGAAAUGUGAAGUUGAUUGCUAGGAAUGUGAAUGGGUGUAAGGUUGCUUUUUAUUGA